CUCAUCGUCCCAAAGCAAACUCACUACGUUCAUAUUCGCAAAAACCCAAAAGGCCAAAACAUACAUAUUCAGUCACAAAUAUCACAAACAAAUGUCUUCUUCGGGGAUAAAGCGAACAAUUCCAACCAGGGAGAUCCUGAAAGCCACAGAGGGCUUCGCAAACGAAAUUCCGGGAGGACGUGGGGUAUAUGCAAGGGUCUACUUUGCAAAACUCGGUGAACAGUGGCAAAACCAAACCGCUGCUGUCAAACGCUUUAUUCAAGGUGUUCACAAAGUAAAGGAGGAGUUCAAUAACGAGCUUGAGGUGGUUUCCAGUCUCCACCAUGAAAACAUCAUCGGCUUCAUUGGCUACAAUAAUCAAUACAAUUCCAUGAUUUUAGUUUAUGAAUACGCUGUCAGUAGAAGCCUUUACGAUCAUCUGGUAGACCCCAUGAAGAGGAUUUGGUUAACGUGGGGGAUUCGUCUGAAUAUUUGCAUAGAUGCAGCAAAGGGUCUCAACUAUCUUCAUUCAGGUCUUGGGAAGGACAGAAGGGUAAUUCACAGAUCUGUGAACCCGACACAUAUAUUGCUAGGUGAGUAUAUGGUAGCCAAAAUUUCGGGUUUCAGGUUGUCACUAUCAGGCCCCAGAAAUAAGCUAGAUGAUACUCCAGUCGAGACAACUGUUGAUCUGGGUGACAAAUAUUACUUAGAUCCUAUUUACAGUGAAAGUCGCAUCCCUACAACAAAAUCAGACGUUUACUCGUUUGGAGUGCUACUUAUUGAAAUGGUGACUGGUAAGCUUGCUAAAGACACCAUCACUGGUUUUGGUCCUCCACAAACACUCAUAGAUUGGAUCCGUAGCAACUAUGAUGAUGGACUAGACAAAAUAGUCGAUUAUCAUAUUAAAGAUCAAAUUAAGAUCGAUUCUUUCCAGGAGUUUAAGGAACUCGCUUAUCGAUGCAUUAGUUUGAACUCAAACGAUCGCCCUACCAUGCACCAGGUUAUGAAAAGGCUUAAGGAAGCACAAAAUAUCCAAAUCCACGGACCAACUUCUACAAAAGUUACUAAGGGUAGCCACAAAUAUGAACAACUAGAAAAGGAACGCCCUACGAUGGAGACAAUCAUCGACACACUUGAAGAUGCAAUCAAUUUUCAAGAUGAAACUGAAAAUGAUGUUGAGAAAGCAACUUUCGGCUGCUGUUGUUUGCAAUAAUGAAUCCGGAGUAGAAAAGAUACAAGUCUUUUAAUUGUUGUUUGGAAUAUUUCAAAAGCUUAUCAUCUUAAAAAGCGAGGUGCCUUAUAGAGAAACAAGAGAGCGCGAGAUUAGGGUUUAAGUUUUUGGACAUUGAUUGCUAUUGUAAUGUACUUUUCUUCCUUAUUUCUUGUUGAUAGUCAUUAAUACCGCUGCCUUGUAAGUUUAUAUGCAUGUUUGGGCACGGCCCACCGCUAGACCCUAAUAUAAGUUACAGUAAAUGACUAAUAUAAUCCGGUUUUGUAACCGGGGUCGUAUGCAGUCAAGUCAUUUGCAAAACUCGAAUAAAACCCAAUUAUACAACGGAAGC